CCAGAAUUGUUACUCUUUUUUGCGAAUAUUAUGGGAUCAAUCCGAACUUGCCUGAACGUCUGUCAUUGAGCGAUGUCCGUGCCGCGACCAUGUCGGAGAGGCUUCCCCAAAGGGCGGAAGUGCCGGCACAAAGAAAAGUCGAACACGAAGACAGUUACUUCAGCCCUGGCGACGCGCAUAACGCCGAUGCCCUCUCCCCGAUACCGGCCCCAGCGGCGAACGAGAUUCCAGAGACACCGACCACCGAGCAACCACCAUCCCAUACCGUCACCCAAGAAGCGCGCGCUCUCCCGCCAGACCGUCACCAAUCGGCCAUCCGUCUUCGCAGACUGAGGGGGCCAACUCUGCCCUCAGGGCUUCCGCCUCUGAAUACAACCGAGAAAGAGCCCCUGGGCGGCCGCCGACGAUCCAGCUCAGAGCCACAGCGUCCCGCGAUCCCGGCCGCAACUACAUGGACUACAUUACCGCCCGUGGUUGAAGCUCCGUCACAUCGAAGUCGAGAUCAUGCCACCAAUCCAAAGCCUGUGGCAGUUGUUGCCGAUGGGAUCCCAACUCACAGGCGCCGCCAUUUUCCUGGUCGACGGCGCCCAACGGUUCAGGGGCUCCCCCAAGGCGACACGCAAGAUAAAGAUUGUUAUGAUUCCAGGAUCGUUGACAUUCUGGAUGUUGUCGACCCCGAGGUAGCGACGUUAUCAUCCAUUACAAACAUCCAAAAUUCAUUAUUCGUACCCUCUCUUGGAAAGUGGGUGAACCGCAGGCCGACCUAUGAUCUAUCACAAAUUCCUCGAAUACCCGGUGCUUUCCCCCUUUCAAAAGAGGAUGUGGCCGUCGCAGAAGGUACCGGCGACGGACGCCCACCCGGAGGUGUCCGUUCGCCCAGCCUCUCUUCGGUUCUCAGCGAACCCCAGUACGCCAUCCUCCCCAACGACGCCUCGCUGGAGGGUUGGCAAGAAGAGGACAUCAAAGCCUUGAAUGACUAUGUCCGGCAUAUGUUGCACUCCCGGCGGUCCAAGAUCAAACAGCGGCUCAAAGCAUUUGGCAAGUACGCUAGCAGACCCCUCGGCUUUUUCGUCACCAUUUAUGCCACACUCAUUACCCUCUUCGGGCUCGCCUGGGUGCUGUUCUUGAUUGGGUGGAUUUAUGUCGGUGACCGGCAGCUCUAUGCGAUCGAUGUUAUCGACUACAUCUUGGUCGCUCUCUUUGGCAUUGUCGGCGACGGCCUCGCCCCGUUUCGUGCUGUCGACACAUACCAUAUGAUAUUCGUAGCACAUUACCACCAAAAAACGUGGAAAAUGCGCAGCAAACUCCUGCUUCCCGAUCUGCACGACCACAAUGACUUGCCAACGGGCAACAGCCAAGAUCAGCCUAAUCAGGACCCUGAGGCUCAACCUCGCUCGAAGGAAGAGAAACAGGACCAGUUCGUCCCUGUGCUGUCGGAAAAGGCACAGGCCCGGUUGGUACAUCACCAAACCAAACUGGCAAAAUCGCACACCUUUUACAAGCCACACGAAACCGAAACGCAUCAUGCGUUUCCUCUACGGUUAUUAAUUGCCGUCGUGCUUCUCCUCGACCUACACAGCUGCUUGCAAAUCUCGCUUGGCAUUUGUACCUGGGCAGUCUCGGCCCAUUUAUUACCAGCCGCCGUCACCACCACCAUCCUGUGCUGCUCCAUUACGACGAACAUUUUCGCUGGUAUACUUAUCUCAAUCGGGGACCGGCGGACCCGCAAGCAAGACGUCCUCGAACGACUGCUUAAACAGGACCUCACCGGCGAAGUGAUGAAGAAGAUGAAAAAGAAGAAGGAAAAGGAGGCGGAAAAGAAAGACGCAAAGCGAGAAGACGAGGAUGGCGACUCCAAAGCUGGCAAAACUUCAACGACAGCCAGUCUCAGUAUCCCAAUUCGGGCCGAGAAGCAGCGCAAGAGCAGUGAAAUGAACCGAGAUGGCAACAAACCAGCGUCGUGGAAUGGAGAAGAGCCGGAUGACGUCUGUCCGGGUGUCCCAGGGGCGUUCCCAUCGGUUGGGUGAGGAUCCUAAGUUGGAUCAUGGUCGCAUGAAAGUACGAUGCACCAGGGUAGCGGGCAUGAUAGAUAUCGACGACUUGUAGAGAACAGGUCUGGGCUGGAGUUGAAGAAGACGGGAUACCCGAAUACGGAAUGUUAUGAUAUAGAGGAUAAGGGGCAGUACUAGAGCAAUCCAAACGCCUCCAAAUAUACUUUUUGUUUGUUAA